AUGAAACCUAGUGAUUCCGAAGCCGACAAGGCCUUUGCAUCUGGUGCCCCAAGGAACCCAGCGCAACUUUCUGCUAGUUUCUGGCUUCCUGAGUUGAGAAACCAAAUAUCAUCCUAUCUUGAUGUGCCGGCACUGUGCGCUCAGCGAGCCACAGCUCGUGAGAACUACUCACCGAAGGCUUUUGUUGCUCACCUUGUGCAGCUUGUCCGACCUGAAACGCCUGAUGCAAUCGUGGCAGCUGCAGAUAUUAUUCACAACGAAGAGGAGCUUCCAUCGCGGGAGUGCGCGCAAGUGUUUGCUCGGGACCGCUUUCAACUCUUCGCGCGGUUUCGAGGUGUCAUGUGCAUCUUCGACGCCGGCGCACCGGCUUUUCGACUAUGGUGGGCGAGCAACCCUGGAGCAAUCACCCACUUGUUGACCUGCUGGAUAGAACACAACGAUUCAUUGGACCCAAGGGGGCAAACGAUAGUUCUCGGAGCUUCGCUGAAUGUCUUCGACGAUUUGGACUGGGGUGCAUUGCAUCUCAAGCAAAUGUUUGCUGCAGAAAUCAUUCGAUUGGAAACUGAGAGCCACCACCUGAGUGUGCAAGAAAAUGUGUCCACAAUUUUGCAUCGGUUCCCGGAGAUCCGAUCAUUGGCCUGCGCAGCAAGUGCCCCAGACACACGUGCUGGCGCGCUACGCAAACCUCCUCCCAUUUGGACUUAA